AUUAGCUGCUGCUGCUGUUGCCAGUCUGUGGAUUCUCUUUUUAAUUUCUAUUUCAUUUGACCUUUAUUUAACCAGAGAGGUCCCAUUGAGGUAAAGUAAACCCUCUUCUUCCACAAAGUCCAAUUAGGAACUUUUGUCUGAGGUAGUCUAAAACCAUGAGAGGAGAAGAGGGAAAUCACCUCUACAUUGACUUCCAGCUGAAAGGAGGCUUUUCAGUAGCCUGGGCGAAAAGCCGACUGUUGACUCCGAUGUGCGGAGCCAAAAUCUUUGGGUGGAGUACAUAGGAUGGCGUCGCGAGGCGAGCUUUUCACAUACACAUGCAAAGUAUGCAUAUCUGUGGCCACAGGAUGUUGCUUGGUGUAGUGCUCCUCCUCCUCCUACUCCUGGUGGACUCCUGGUGCUCUCCUCAAACCCUCUCCAGCCAGUGCCAGUGCUCCACUCUCCCGGCCGCCAAGCUGAAGGUCGACUGCACCGGCAAUAGUCUCAGGAAGGCCCCCAUACAAAUCCCUGUGGACACCGCAGAGCUUCAUUUACACGGCAACCUCCUCGCGAGCGUUCCUGCCGGGUAUUUCGACCUGCUGCCGAACCUGAGGAUGGCCAACCUGUCGGGGAACCCUUUUCACUGCGACUGCAGGAUCGAGUACUUGCGCAGCUGGCUUCUGAAGAACAAGGCUCUGGUGCCGGAGCUGCCCACCUGCUCCAGCCCUCAUUCUCUCAGGGGCAAAGUCAUCACUGAACUGGACGACUCCCUCUUCUCUCCCUGCGAUAAAGGACACGGCUCCCCAUGCUCUGUUUACAAUGUCAUGUUGGGAUUCAUGCUUUGUGCCCUCAAUGUGGCGUUGUUCUGGAGCCUUAAACUGGCAAAAGACUCGCCGUACAUUCUAGGGAUUUAUGAAAAGCACACUGGCUUUGAGGCCUCGUCUCUGAGGUCACGAAAGCCAAAGCACAAGACGAGGCCAUCUUUAGGCUUUCUGAAUGAGACGGAGAGGCCUAUACUUAACAUGGACAUACUCCCUCAAAUAAUGGAUACUUUACACAGGAAACACAAUAUAAAGCUCAAAGAAGUAUAAACUGUCAUAAUUUACUUAAAACAUAAAUAUGUAGGCCAAGGAUGGGCACACUCAGGCCCAGGGGCCACAUGCGGCCUGCUGCUGAGCCAUUUCAUGUGGCCCGCAGAAAACUUUUCAAUUAAAAGUGAUGCUCACAGGCCCUACCGUGGCCUAACGGUAGGGCACUCAUCUGCUAUGCGGCCGACCAGGGUUCGAUUCCCGGCCCGGGUCCUUUGCCAGCCCUUCCCCAUCUCUCUCUCCCCACUUGCUUCCUGUCACCAUCUUCACUAUACUACCAUAAAUAAAGUAAAAAAGACCAAAAAAUAAAAGUGAUGCUCACGGAACUCUUAAAAUAACUACUCAAGCUAGGGGUAUUGUAUGUUAUACAGUAGGCUAUUGCACAGUAAAUACAUUUCAGUGCAAUUUUCAGGAAUGACAUGGCAAAAGUUAUGCUACCCUACAUUAUUAUGUGUUAUUGACAGUCAAGUUGUUCUGUUGAGAUCUGGCCCUUCGACCAAUACUCUAAACCCAAUGUGGCCCUUGAGCCAAAAUCAUUGCCCACCCCUGGUGUGGGAUAUAUUGGUAUUAAUAUCAUGAACCUGGAUUGCCAUGGGGCUCAUAAUAAUGUUAGCUAGAGGCAUCAGGUUAUUAACAUUACAAUGCACUGAUGUCUUAGAAGCAGUUAGUCCUAUGGCCCAAAAAGAACAAGCAACAUAUUUUAGCUAAACAUUAUAUGGAAUCAAUGUAACUGUGUAUAUAUGCUUCACCACAUCUGCCCAAUUUUGGAAAAGGCAAUUGCAAAGAUCCUGUUCAUUCAGUGUUCUUCAACCCAAAACAAGCUGAGCUUGGGUUGAGUGAACUGACAAGUUAACAUGUGCCUCUUUUCCACUGCUGUUUUACUGGUAGGCCUACAGCUCGACCCAACAUGACUUGGCCUCUACUUUUUGCUUUAUGAUUAAGCUGUGUCAUGCCUUUUUCGAAAAGCAAAAAGUGUCGAGCUGUAAGCCUACUGGAAAACCCCAGUGGAAAAGAGACAAUGUAGUCCUGCCAUGAUCACAGAACCCUAAUUCAUUAAUUAAUCUGAAUUAAAAAGUGAUGUUUUUAUUUUAGAAAUAACCAGUAGGUGGGGUGCUGUAGCCAAAAAAAGUGACAAAAACUUGCCCACUGAACUCAAACAUUCCUACCAAUGUUAUUUUUAACUACAGGUACAUGACAAUGACUUCUGUAAUGUUAUUAUGUUGGGGAAAUUCCUUUUGUAAAAAGCCCUUCAUUUCUGUUCUCCUGUGGUUGCAAUUGAAACACUGUCUGCCUACCACUGAAACGGCAUAUUUGAAAAAAAAGUACAUAGAUCUGCAUUAUAAAUUCAAUAUUUUUUUCAAACGCAGAAUUUGCAAGAAUAUGUCAAAAUCCUACUGGGGAGUCUCAUUGUCAUCAGGACACAGCACACAACAAAACUACAUUUAUGCCUCACUUGAGGGAAGCCCAACAAGCACCCCAACGGAGCAGCUGGUGGGGCCAUGCUAAGGCUGUAUCUCUGUCAAGGAAGCUGACAGGGGGGGCAAAGGGGCCAGGUGUCCCCGGCUCAGGGAAAGAGAGCCCCCAGAAUUGAGACCACAUUACAUUGUCAGGGGUGAUAGUGAAAAAAAUCCUGAGCCUGAACUUUUUUCCCUGCUCUAACGACGACGACAAGAUACUGCAUAGUGACGUAACGUAGGCCUAUUUUGACACAUUAUUCAAACAUUUAAUAGCCUGUGUAUGACCAUUAUUCAAGCCUGAUCGUAGAAGAAAACCCUGAACAUGUAACACUUUCUGAGAUAAGAAUAACCUAAUGGCUAAUUAUUAUCAAUGUUUUUAUUUUUGCAAACUCUGUCAAGCCUGAAAUCAGGCAUGGAGCCUGAAUACUAUCAGCCCUGCAUUGGAUGUAUUGAGAGGAGGUCUCUUUCAGAUGAUUCUGUUCUGGGCCUGGCCACAGCUGUCAGCAGGGCUGAUCUCAGUCAUUGAGCAGGCAGGAGGAUGUAAUGGGGGGAGACUAUUGGCUAUUCACUGCUCCUGCCUGCCAAUGAUAGGAGUUGAACUGGCAAGCAGAGGUGUUGUACAGGGGGGUUGUGUGACAG